AUGACUGUCGGACGAUUCCCUGUCAGCUUGCAUUCCCGCACCCCACAAACCGCGGCAAUGAAAGACACUCAUUUUCAAACAUCUUUGCGCGAGCGAACCAGCAAAUACUGGAGCACCUUUCUCCAUGAUUUCAAGCCAUGCUACUUCCCUUCGUUACUUGAAGGGGAUGGACCCAGUACAUCUACUACUACCACCCUUCAGCGCGGCGACUUCCAAGAGGCUACUGUCAAGCUCGACAACAUUUAUCAUUCUACUCUUCAGGAGUUUUGUUCUGAACAUCAGGUUACACUAGGCAGCUUUUUCCAAACCGCCUGGGCUGUUGUCGUAGCCUGUUAUGCUGGCGUUGAAGAUAUAUCGUUUGGUUAUUUGGAGGGAGACAAUAGUGACGUCGUGAUCUGCCGUACAGACAUCACUGCUGAACAAAUGCUUCACCAGAUCAUGAUAGAUAUGAUGGAACACCUGGAAAACGCCCGAACCCGUCCCAUUGGCAUUACAGAGGUGCAAAACCUUGUCGGCCUUGAAGGGCAAUUACUUUCAGACUCGGCUUUGCAGAUUCAACGACGUGGUUCCGAGCAAUCGGGAAGUAUGUCGCAGGCUGAUGGGAACUUCGACAUCCAGGCCCAUGCAUUGAUAAAUGACGACGAUUCUGUUGCAGUGGCAAUCCGCACAAAAGCUUCCAAGUUCUCGCGAUCCCGAACAGCAGAUGUCGCCCACGCCUUCGCUAAAACGUUAGUCGAAAUGCUUACCGCGGCAAACCCUCAAUCCAUCUCAGUCGGCGAUUUGGAUACUUUCACCCGAUGCGACUACGACAAAGUGAUGAACUGGAACCCCCCCCUCCCUAGUGCUCUUGAUUCUUGCUUUCACCAGCUAUUUGAACAAAUCGCCCGGAAAACGCCCGAUGCUCCCGCCAUUUGCUCAUGGUGCGGCCAUGAUUACACCUAUCGCGAGCUUGACACAGUCUCGACGAAAUUGGCAAAUCAUCUUAACAAUGAGCUAGGUGUAGUGGUGCCAGAAACGCCCGUCCUGAUUUGCUUCGACAAGUCCUCGAUUGCUAUGGUCUCGAUGCUGAGCAUAUUCAAGGCUGGUGGAGCAUUUGUCGCCAUCGACCCUGCGUAUCCCAUCAGUCGCAUCCAGGCCAUCGUCCAAGCGACGAAUGCCUCCCUAGUUCUGGUGCAGCCGAUACACCGUUAUCUCUUCGAAGGCAUUUUUAUGGAAAAGUCCAUUGUCGCGCUAGAUUCAGCAUACCUUGAUGGACUUCCUCUACCCUCUACGAUUUCUCCAUGUCGCGUGAUUCCCUCAAACACUGCGUACAUACAUUUUACGUCCGGCAGUACCGGUAUUCCCAAAGGCAUCAUGAUCGAACAUCGCGCCCUCUGCACCGCCGUCUCCGCCCUAGCCUCACCCAUGCGCAUCACAUCCACCUCCCGUGUCCUCCAAUUCGCCGCAUACAUUUUCGACCUCAGUUUCGGCGACAUCUUCGUCACGCUCUCUCAAGGAGGUUGCAUCUGCGUGCCAUCUGAACAUGAACGUGUCAAUGACCUGGUGGGCGCAAUCUUGCGCAUGGAUGUUAACACGGCGUGCUUGAUCCCCAGCGUCGCACGUAUUCUUCAUCCGGAGCAGGUGCCUGGUCUUCAGACACUUCUAUUGGGUGGGGAGGCGCUCUUGCAAGAAAAUCUAGAGCGUUGGGCAGACAAGGUUGUGCUGAAUGCGAUGUACGGUCCUUCUGAGUGCACUGUCUGGUGUACGUCACAAACAGAUUUGAGAGUUGAUAGCUUGGCGAAUAAUAUUGGGAGGGGUCGCGGAGCGCGGCUAUGGGUAACAAGAAGCGUCGACCACAAUCGACUGGUUCCGGCUGGAUGUAUUGGGGAGCUGCUCAUCGAAGGCCCCGUGCUCGCAAGAGGAUACUUGAACCCCGAGCAGACGAGGCAAUCAUUUGUCGAGAAUCCAAGCUGGGCAGUGUCCUCUUCUUCUGAGCGACGACGAUUCUACAAGACGGGAGACCUUGUGAGAUUCAAUGCCGACGGCACCCUGAGUUUCAUAGGUCGUAAGGAUACACAGAUCAAGUUGCAUGGCCGCAGGAUUGAAAUUGGAGAGAUUGAGCAUCACUUGGCUUCACAUUCUCUCGUCCAGCAAUCAAUGGUUAUGUUCCCCAGCGCGGGUGUGCAUGCCAAACGACUUGUGGCGAUUGUAGUGGUUGUCAACAGCACUAGUGCCAACACCGUCAACAAAGGAGGCAAAGAAGGAGAAGCAUCGAUUGUUAUGGCUAAAGAUCCAUGCACCUCAGAGCUGGCCAAGAUCAAGGAAUUUAUAUCCUCCAAACUUCCAUCGUACAUGCUCCCUCAGGCGUGGGUAGUAGUGCAGGACAUUCCGACGCUGAUAUCGGGAAAGAUGAACCGCGUUUUAGUGAAAAAGUUUGUUGAGAGUCUAACAAUAUCAACAACGGGGGAAAGCCAGCCUAAAGAAGGGAAAGGGUUGGGUGAGGCGGCGCAGCAAGAUCAUCAUAGCGAAGAAAAAGAGUAUGAUCAGAACGACGAUGGCGAUGCGAUUGAGAAGCGUUUGCGAGAUAUUUGGGGCCAGGUCCUCAAUAUCGGCGAUCACGGCGAAAAGAACAUAACGGAUGAUGUUAUUCGACUUGAUCAAACGUUCUCUGGCCUGGGUGGAGAUUCGUUUUCAGCCAUGGAUCUAGUCGCACGCUGUCGAGCUGAAGGCCUAGUUCUCACCGUGCAAGAUGUCCUCAGCAACAGUAGUGGUAUCACUAUUCAACAGAUGGCGAGGGUGAUCAAAAAGCAUCGUUCAGCACUAACAAAGAAUAUAUCUAUGAUGGCAGCAUUGAAAUUACGUCCCGUUUGGUGGGAUGCAUAG